GUCAGGGGGGAGACUGACAGGUGGACCGUCCGUGAGCCCCGUCUCUAAUCUGGGAAAAAGGGACUUUUAGUGUCUUCCUCGGCCCUGGGAAGACCAUGGCUCUCUCCGGGAUCUGUCGGGACUCUUUGCUGGUGCUUUUACUGCAAAUCGUGCUGAUUUGCUCUGCUCAGAGGGGCCCAGUCGGUCCCAGAGGCCCCACGGGGCCACCAGGAACCGCCGGCGUGCCCGGAGUGGAUGGCAUUGAUGGCGACAGAGGAGAAGACUCCACAGUGAACGGCGGACCAGGUCUUGAUGGCGAUAACGGCAAAGACGGAGUCCCUGGAGCUCCGGGCCUUCCAGGCGCAGAUGGGCCUGUCGGACCUCCUGGGGAUCCAGGCUCGGUGGGUCUAAUGGGGUCAAAGGGGGAUCCUGGGGCACGUGGACCAACUGGAGAGCCUGGUGUGGGACCUGAUGGGCUUGAUGGUAUUCCUGGAACAGACGGGCUGCCAGGUGAACUGGGCAAAGUCGGAGCCCCUGGAGCGAGAGGCAAAAGGGGUCAAGUUGGUUCUCCUGGUCCUGCUGGGCCUCGGGGACCUCCUGCUGUGUAUCAAGGCGAGGACCUGUGUCCCAACGCCUGCCCCUCUGGUCUGACUGGAUAUUCUGGUCUCCCCGGCAUGAAAGGCCACAAAGGGGUAAAGGGUGAAUCAGGUGAGCCUGGAAGACAAGGACACAAGGGAGAGGAGGGCGAACAAGGAGGGUCGGGAGAAGUCGGAGCUCAAGGACUACCAGGCCCAGGUGGAUCAAGAGGCCUCCCAGGAAUAAUGGGCUCCAAGGGGGACAGGGGAGCUCGAGGAAAGCCUGGUGAUGUGGGCCCUCGGGGAAUCCAAGGAGGCCCAGGUGAUCCAGGCCAAAGAGGAGCCAUAGGUGAGGCCGGGCCACAGGGAGUGAUGGGGGAGCGAGGCCCAUCAGGAAUCAGAGGAGUCCCAGGACCAAAAGGAGAGCCUGGUCUACCUGGCCCAGAUGGUCGUGAGGGAAUACCUGGGCUGCCAGGAUCCAAGGGUAUUCCAGGGAAAAGUGGCGCUCCAGGUGAUGCUGGCCUUCAGGGACUUCCUGGUUUACCAGGCACUUACGGCCAAAAGGGACAAAGCGGUUUGAAGGGUGUCACAGGUGAUCCAGGAGUUGUAGGACUGAUGGGGUCUUCGGGGAAACAAGGGGAGCGUGGCGAGCAGGGAGAGGUGGGACCUGUUGGACCCAGAGGAGGACCAGGUGAACGAGGAGAACGAGGACCUGGCGGGCCUCUGGGAUCACCAGGAGCCAGGGGAAGCAAAGGUGAUCCGGGCCUUCCAGGACUUCCUGGCCCUGCUGGUUAUCUUGGCCAGAAAGGAGACAGGGGUGCAGUCGGUCUUGAUGGGUCUAAGGGAGAGCAGGGACCCCCAGGUGAUGAAGGAACACCAGGAGAUAGAGGAGAACUGGGUGACCAAGGAGAAGCAGGAGAGAAAGGAUCGACAGGCCCACCAGGAGAGACAGGAAACAAAGGACCUGAGGGUGGCAGGGGACAGCAAGGGAAAGAGGGCAAGGUGGGCCAACCGGGACCACGCGGCAUGCAGGGCGACAUGGGGGUACCAGGCCUCCCAGGAGCACAGGGACCAGCGGGAAAAUCACCCACAGAUACGCACAUCAAACAAGUCUGCAUGAGGGUAAUGCAAGAGCAGCUGGCCCAGCUAGCAGCCAGCCUGAGCAGGCCUGAGUCAGGUAUCGCUGGGCUGCCCGGUCCCCCCGGCCCACCUGGACCUCCGGGCCCCUCCGGGGAGAACGGUUUCCCCGGACACACCGGAUCACGAGGACUACCCGGUCUGAAGGGUCCGCCUGGGUUAAUAGGUCGCAAAGGACUCAAAGGCGACCAGGGUGACAGAGGCGACAGAGGACCCACAGCGAGAGGACCCAAAGGAGAACCAGGUGCCCCCGGUCUCCCAGGUAACUCGGGCCGACCGGCUUACGGCAAAGACGGCCGUGAAGGACAGCGGGGACCUCGCGGUGUUCCCGGUAUUCCCGGCGUUCCCGGGCCUCCUGGUACCGCCGGUCUGAACGGUUACUGUGAGUCGUCGCAGUGCGUCCUACCGAUGGUGGCGUCACCGGUUUCAGCGAAGGACUCCAGCAUGAAGGGCCCCAGUGAGAUGUGAGGAGGGAACGGGAGGAAAAGUGAGAGACUGGAGGAGAAACCAGAACUCCAUGGAAGAUUUGUCCAUUUGGGUUUUUGUCUCUUGGUUUGUGUGUUUGUCUUUUUUUUUUCUUUUUUUUUUUUUUUGAUUUGGUCAGCUCAUUUGGAACUUGAUUCUUUUUUUGUUUUAACUCUCAAAGCCACCUGAACAACACUGAACACCCCUCAGCUUUUAUGUAAAAAGUUUUUACCUCAGUUUUGCCAUCUCUGUACUGUAACAUUAAAAAGGAGUAGUCCGUAUUUUUGCCAAAUUAAAAACUCACUAUAUGUGUACAAACCCACCAGCCCCCUUUCUAUCAAACAACAACGAAGCAAGUUUUUGUGUGUGUUUAUGUAAAUGUGUCAAUACGCAAAUUAUACUGUUGGAUAAGGUACAUUUGUUUGUGAGUAUCUUUGUUGUUUAUCCCCUUAAAUCCCCGCCUGUGCCUUUUCCUCUAAGUGUAGGAUAUGUUUGAUGAUUUCUCUGUCAUGACAACUGCUGUUUUUGUGAUCGGCGGGUGGUGAUGUGUGGAAACCUCUCUGGCAGUUUUAUAUGACUUCUUAUUUAUUAUAUCAAGGUUCGACGUGACAUCUUCAAGUUGUACAAAGGAGGAAAUAAACACAUUUUGAUAACC